AUGGCAGUCAUAUCGCUGCCUUUAACUUUCGCCAAUUCGUUUUGGACCCAAGACUAUCGCAAGGGUCUCGAAGUGUUAUAUGGCAAACUGGAACAGGGCAUCGCUGAGAACGACGAAAUAAUCACUUUUAUUUUGGCUCGUGCUCAGGCAGAGAACCAGAUUGCCAAUGCUCUACUCAACCCACCAACCAUCGGCUCACCAGGCACCGGCUUUAACAGGGAUGACGGCGCGUCACUGCUCAUGACAUUCCGCGGCUUGCAGGACGAAUCGGUUGCCCAAGGUAAAGUUCACAAAGAAAUUGCAAACGACCUUCAAGCCCUCGUUGCGGAACCGUUCAAUAGGUGGGCUCAGACGUACAAGGAACAACUGUCGUCUAGUAAAAGCAAAGUGUUACACAACUGGGUGCACGCUUAUGAGGAUGCACAGAAAGAGGUUAUCAAAUUGAAAAACUCAUAUCUAACCAAAACCCGUAAAGCAGACGAAGCUGAGGAUGAAGCGCGGUUCGCACCGGGAAAUGAUGUGAGCGACCACUACACAACAUCUCCACACCUUGCGCCUCGCGAUACAACACGCACGCCCCAACGCUCCGCAACUGUUUCCGAACGAAUUACACAGCGCCUUAAAGAAAUUCAACGCAGAGCCGCAGGGUCUAUCAGCUCCGCCACGAACGAAUCUGACGCCGGCACAGACGUCACCGAAGGGGAGAAAGAAUUCCCGAAGGUGGACAAAGGCAAAGGAAAGGCCACGGAACUGUCCUCACCACCUCCGAUGUCCCCUCCGUUGCCACCUGCCAAGCUGGACACAUCAUUGCCACCGCAGCCCUCAACUAACCCAGUCUCGAUCAUAAUGGCCGGGGUUUCAUUCCCGCCUUCGGCUUUAUCGACUUUACUCACCCGCGCUGCGGCUGAAAUGCCCCUUAGGCCCGUGCGGUUCCCUCUUCUCGGCGAAUACCCAGAUUGCUUCACCGGUGCUGAGUUUGUAGAAUGGCUCAACAAGAAUGUUCCUACGUUUGAAGGGAACCUCGAUAUUGCGGAAGACGCUGCGAAGGAGUUAACUGAGCGUGAGGGCUUGCUGCGUCGUGUUGGAGAAUUUGGCAACGAAUUCGAACAUGCGGAUGAUAGUUAUUAUCAAUUUAGACCCAAGGCAUUCGAUCUGGAGGGCAAGGCUCCAGAGACUGUCAACCCACCGAAACGAAGCCAGAUCGCGGAUAAUAUAAUAAAGCGGUCCAAUAAUUUGGUAAACGUUGUGACCAAGGCUUUGAACGCAACUUCCCAGAACGAGCCUGCAUACGUGAGGUUACGCCAGGAGGCGGAGGAGGCUGACAAGAUGUAUCGCGUUGCGGUGCGCAAGUUGGAUAGGCAACGAUUGGGUUUGGAGGAGCGAAUUGAGGAAGUGUUGAAGACGCUUCAGAGAGGCGAGGCGGAACGUUUGAGGGCUGUGAAAACUGUUCUCCACCAAUACCAAGGAACGCUGGCCAAUCUGCCUAAAGCUCUCGAACCGACUCUAGAGCGUUCCGCAACAUUCAUUACGACUUACCAGCCCGAAUCGGAUUUGACAGCGCUUAUUGAACAAUACCGUACGGGCCCAUUCCGACCUGUUCCCAAAUUGUACGAAUCCGUCGCACAUGAUGAAUCGGAUGUCGUUUUCGGUAUUGAUCUUCGCAAGUGGGCCGAAGGCGGCUGGUCUGCGCUCACUUCCGGCGAGGAGAAGAAAGAUUAUAUUCCUCCUGUACUUACUGCGCUUUUGGAUGCGUUAAGAUAUGCAUAUGGGAAUCUCCCUAAUGAUGACGAGAGACGGAAAUCAUGGAUAUAUGAUGUCCCACUCCCAGCCCUCCACCAUCUUCGCGAAAGCUUGAAUGCCAUUCCACCGGAUCAGCCUUUCUCACAAGAGAUGCUUUCUAGAUUCGACGCACCUAUUCUGGCGGGAUGUGUGAAGCUCUGGGCGCUUGAACUCGAUCCGCCUCUAAUGUUAUGGGAGGGCUGGGACGAAAUUAGGAAGUUGUAUCCGACUGUUGGGUCCACCAAACUCGACGACGAGACGUCAGAACAGCAACAUGUACAGGAUUUACAAGCUGCUUUGCUGCGCGUUCCAAAAGUCAGCCUCUUCGUCCUCGACACCAUAGUCACACAUUUGCGCAAACUCAUCGACACGACCAGUACAGAAGAGGAUGAUGAUAUGUACAUUGCGAAGUUAGCGUUGUCGGUUGGCAGAACGAUUAUUCGACCCAAAGUCGAGACAGAACUUUCCAUUCAAGAUCGUCACCCAACGUUGUUCCUUAUUGACCUUCUCAAAAACUACGAUUCUAUCCUCCCUCCGACGAUCGAACGAAAGAAACGCGAAUCGGAGCGGCGCGUGCCCAUUAGGAAACGCACUGCUCCCGUGGAUAUGCGGAUGAGUAGGGGCAAGCUUUCGGUGGGGAGUCCGUCGCGGGAAAUUCUUGCGGCACAGGAGCUUGCGGCGCAGAAGGCUGCUGCUACUAUUACUACUCCAGCAGUAGUGAGUGCGGUUGGACCGGGUGGCCCUCCGGCUCGGGUCACCGCAGAGCCGGAGUCCUUUGAGCCAGAAACG